AUGGCUGAAACCUCCUCUCUGGAGGAGUUCGCUGCCUAUCCCUUUCAUUCGGACCAGGCAUUUCAGGAUGGGCUUACGAGCAUACUGAAUGCUGCGUGUGCGGAUGGUUCAGACUCAGAAGGCCGAGAGGAUGUAAUUGGUCGUGCGAAGGCAUUUUAUUUCUCCUCCGUUACUGGACACCAAAUAUCCUGGGAUGAUGUGCGGAAUGCGACUGAGCGCAAGUCCAGCGAGGACCACGCAGGGAAUAUUCCUGGCCCUAACGACGUUGCACAGAAUGAGAGUCGUGUACUGUCGUUCACAGAGAUCACGGCGUUAAUAGAGUCCGACCGGACACAUCUCAUACCGAACAACGAAUCGAUAUCUGGAGGUGUUAAUGAUGACAGGCCAAGCGAGUCGAAGGAAAAACCACGAAGGAAACCUUGGGAGCUCCAAUCCAAUCCAGAUCCAGAUCAGUCAUGAGCUAGCUGCGGCUCUUGUGUAUUUUAUGCAUAUUCUGAAUCCCA